AUGGCCGAUGGUGGUUUUGGCCCUGCUUCCGGCACCGGAAAAGAAUAUCCUGGCAACCUUACUCUCUAUGUAACCGUUACUUGCAUUGUCGCCGCCAUGGGUGGCCUUAUUUUCGGCUACGAUAUUGGAAUUUCCGGUGGUGUGACGUCUAUGGAUUCGUUCUUGGAGAAGUUUUUUCCAUCUGUUUACAGGAAGGAAAAAGCUGAUGACUCGACAAAUCAGUACUGCAAAUUCGACAGCCAGAUGUUGACUAUGUUUACAUCGUCCUUGUACCUGGCUGCACUUUUGUCAUCGCUUGUGGCCUCCACAGUUACGAGAAAACUUGGAAGAAAAUUGUCGAUGCUUUUCGGGUGUGUCCUGUUCUUCGCCGGAGCUUUGAUCAAUGGCUUCCCACGUCAUGUUUGGAUGCAUAUGGUUGGCCGUAUUUUUAUUGGCCGUAUUUUGCUUGGUUUUGGUAUUGGAUUUGCCAAUCAGUCUGUCCCUAUAUAUCUGUCUGAAAUGGCUCCAUACAAGUACAGAGGAGCACUUAACAUUGGAUUCCAAUUGUCCAUCACCAUUGGUAUCUUAGUAGCCAAUGUGUUGAAUUACUUCUUCAAGAACAUCCACGGUGGAUGGGGAUGGAGGUUGAGCUUGGGAGGAGCUAUGGUGCCUGCCUUGAUUAUCACGGUCGGAUAUUUAGUCCUUCCUGAGACACCAAACUCCAUGAUCGAACGUGGCAACCAAAAAGAAGCCAGAGAUAAACUGAUAAGAAUCCGCGGUACUGUCAAUGUGGACGACGAGUUUAAUGAUCUGGUAGCAGCUAGUGAGGAGUCGAGGAAGGUGGAGCAUCCGUGGAGGAAUCUCCUGCAGAGGAAGUAUAGGCCACAUCUUACGAUGGCCAUCCUUAUUCCCUUCUUUCAACAACUAACCGGGAUUAAUGUCAUCAUGUUCUAUGCGCCGGUUUUGUUUAUAACAAUUGGGUUCGGAAGUGAUGCUUCUCUUAUGUCGGCUGUGAUUACUGGUGGUGUCAAUGUACUUGCUACCUUGGUUUCGAUUUAUGGAGUCGAUAAGUGGGGAAGAAGGUUCCUUUUCCUCGAGGGUGGCGUCCAAAUGCUCAUCUGUCAGAUUGCUGUUGCAAUAUGCAUAGCUGUGAAAUUUGGUGUUGAUGGGAAUCCUGGUGAGUUACCAAAGUGGUAUGCUAUUGUGGUGGUACUCUUUAUCUGUGUAUAUGUUGCUGGAUUUGCUUGGUCUUGGGGUCCUCUUGGCUGGUUAGUGCCCAGUGAAAUUUUCCCACUCGAAAUUCGAUCAGCCGCACAAAGUAUCAACGUCUCAGUGAACAUGCUUUUCACAUUUGUGAUUGCACAAAUCUUUAUGACAAUGCUUUGUCACUUCAAGUUCGGGUUGUUCUUAUUCUUCGGAUUUUGGGUGGUUAUAAUGACGAUUUUCGUAUUUUUCUUCUUGCCUGAGACAAAGAAUAUUCCGAUCGAGGAAAUAGUUAUUGUUUGGAAACAACAUUGGUUCUGGUCCAGGUUCAUGACAGAUGUGAAUUAUCCUAAUGGAUCAGUUGAAUUGGAGAAUGACAACCGUGCUUUCAAGAAAGUAUAG